UGGUCAACCUAUUCCUCGAGUGACCUACACAGAAGAAGAAAAGAAAACAUGGGGCACCGUCUUCAGGGAGCUGAAGAGUCUCUAUCCAACUCAUGCUUGUUACGAACACAACCACGUGUUCCCACUGCUGGAGAAGUACUGUGGCUACCGGGAGGACAACAUUCCCCAGCUUGAAGAUAUUUCAAAAUUCUUGCAGACCUGCACUGGAUUUCGCCUGCGUCCUGUUGCGGGCUUGCUCUCCUCUCGGGAUUUCUUGGCUGGGCUGGCGUUCCGGGUAUUUCACUCUACUCAAUAUAUUCGCCAUGCAUCCAAACCCAUGUACACACCAGAACCUGAUAUUUGCCAUGAGCUGCUAGGACAUGUGCCUCUUUUUGCUGAUCCCAGUUUUGCUCAGUUCUCCCAGGAAAUUGGACUGGCAUCUCUGGGAGCUCCAGAUGAUUUCAUCGAGAAACUCGCUACGGUUUAUUGGUUUACAGUGGAGUUUGGACUUUGUAAGGAAGGCAAUUCACUCAAGGCGUAUGGUGCAGGGCUGCUGUCUUCAUUUGGGGAGCUGCAGUAUAGUUUAUCAAGCAAACCUGAGAUUCAGCCUCUUGUCCUGGAGAAGACUGCUGUGCAGAAGUACCCUGUUACUGAGUUCCAGCCUGUCUACUACGUUGCUGAAAGUUUUAAAGAUGCAAAAGAAAAGCUAAGGAAAUUUGCUCAAACGAUCCCUCGUCCUUUCUCUGUUCGGUACAAUCCCUACACCCAGAGGAUUGAAGUCCUGGACAAUGCAAAGCAGCUGAAGAACUUAGCUGACACUAUCAAUAGUGAGAUUGGAAUCCUUUGCAAUGCCCUCCAGAAGAUAAAAUGAAGAUUCACUGUAACUUGCUAAUUUCUGGCUACUGACCAGAAGCUGCCAUGUACAAAUGCCAGUUUUGAACUAGACUCAGUUCAUUAC